AUGAUGGCCUCCGCCGCCGAGUCUUGCGACAAGGCUGCGACUGCCUCCGCGGCCACAACGAAACCCCUCAACUUCCUCGACCUCCCCCUCGAAACCCAGAAAGAUAUAUUCAGCCAUUGCUGCCAGAGCGACCUCAUCUGCCUCGCCCUCGUCUCAAGACACUUCCGCGAACUUGCUGCCGCCCAGCUCUACCGCAACUUCCACAUUGUCUUCCCCGACGAAGAUGACCCUUCUUUCGACUCCCCCAUCGACAGCUUGGCCGGUGGCCUCGAGACCUUCGUGUCGAGCGACUACAACUAUGCCCAACAUCUGAGAGAUAUCUCCCUCGACACCCUAAGCGCCGGCGACAAGGCCGAGGCCGCCUACAAGCCCUAUCUGUACAGCGCCAGCUGCGGCAAGUUCAUGAGCACUCUGCUGCUGCUGACUCUCAGGAACACAAAGUCGCUCGAGACCUUUAGGUGGAACAUCCGAGUCGAGCUCAGCCGCCCUGUCUACAGGGCGCUGCACCAGAUUGCGUCGCUCAAGAACUUCCAUGUUCGCAUGCAGGCCGGCCCAUCGCUUUUCGAGAUACCUCCGCCGCUGCCCUACACGUCGAGCCUGCCGCCCCAGCCCACCUCGACUCAAGCCCACUGGGAUCCUUUGCCGCCUUUCUCUACCGUUCCGCCGCCGCCUCCUCCCUUCGCUAGCAUGUCCUUUUCCGUCCCGCCUCCAUACAACAACAGCAACAGCACCUCCCUGGGUCCGCCGCCCCCCUUGCCGCCGGCGUUAAGGCCCGCCCCCAGGAGCCGACGGAGGAUCUCCGCCAACGAACCCGCCACCCUGUCGGGCUUCCGGAAAUUGAACUCGCUCGCCGUCCUUGAUAUCGACUCUCUUGAUACCAUCACCGAGAUCAAGUCCUGUGUGCGCAACUCGACCUCCACCCUUACAAAACUGAAGCUCUCCUUCUCUACACACUUGGCUUUGCAAUCACGAAAGCCUCCCCCCGACGCCGAUCCCGACGACUCCGACCAGGAUGACGAGUUUCAAGUCGUUCCGAUGCCGACAGCGCCCGGCUGGGAUGAGGCGAGCGGCCCAGCAAAGGCAUUUCGCGCACAAGAAGAGCGCAAGAGCCAGGAGUCGGUCCUGGGUAGGAUAUUCGAUGUCGAGCCUUUCCUCGUCAAGAGGUCACACCGCAAGACAUUGAAAGGCAAGGAAAAACUCGAUGCGGCUACGAACACGAAGGAGGCUGGCUCGCCCGCAGAAGCCUUUAUGAACAGACUUCGUGAGGUCUCGACGAAACUUAUGGCGAGCAUAACGGACGGCGACGCCGAUGACGGUUCGAAGCAAGAGAUCCUCGACAUGAUAGAAAAGGCCAGCAGAAAGUAUCUCGAAGCGGAGGAAGCGAAGUCGGCGGGAGCGACACAGCCGCAAAGCAAGUCGGAGGCUGGGCCCGCGACCUCUGAUGAAGAUCACUCGGCUGCGCCCGCUCCGAGCACAGCGGACGCUAGCACUCAGCCAGCCCCCAGCAUCCAAGCUCUCGAGCCUUCCACAGUGACGGACAUCAGCGCAAUACCGAAGGCGAACUACGGAACAGACGCCAAUCCCGAAGACAUCAACGUUGAGGAGCCUAUCGCGAUCGAGGAGACAGACGAGCCUUUGGACCUCAAGAAUGACCAAAAGAAGGAGGGAUCUGCCGCCGCUCCCGAUAUAACCGCGUCUCAAGCUCAAGGUGCCGCGUCUGAGUCGCCAGCGACAUCUCGAGCUGCUGCUGCCCUGGCAACACAAAAGACAAAUUUUGAGACACUAGUCCUUCGUCUGCAAUAUCUGCUGUCCGAGGCCGCUGAAGUGCACGAUAAGCUGGAUACCUUGCGAAAUGCCAACCCACAGGACAGAGAUCGCAUCCGCUCCGUAGAAAAUCAGCUGCAGGGCUACUACCGUGAUAUCGACAACGUACGCACUGAGCUGAAUGCUACCGAAGCCGAGCUCCGGGAUGUGGAGAAGCAAGUCAACGGUGUGGCUACAACGGCCCAUGGCGAAGAUGAGGUGAUGAGCGAAUACAUUCGGUCUACCAGGGGCGUAGCGCUGAAGUCAUUCAGUGUCCACUUGAUCCCCGUCAAGGCCUCCGUCCUGAGAGCGGCCAUUGACGUACGAGUCCUCAAGAGACUGACUUUGCUGAAUGUUGGCAACCAAGCUCCUAUUUGGACCAUGUUGGCCAAGGAGAAUAAGGUUCAGCCGCUCCCGCUGCGCAAGAUCUUCACAGACAACGUAUCCAUUACUUUCCUUACGUUUGCGGGCCAGCUGGAGGAGAUUACAGAGCUGUUCAUUCUGGAGCGGUCGGUCAAGUACAAACCAGAGAGUUUCGCGCCAAAAACCAACGUUGUGAUGGACCAGAUCCGUCGUUUUGUUCUCAAGAAGCAUAUGCCGACCCUCAACAAGCUAAUGAUCAAGAAUGACUCGGGAUCAAGCUGGGAUGUGGACGAGAAGGCCAUGCUGCUGAUUUGCAACCGCGGGAGACAGCUCGAAGAAUUGGCGGCAGCGGUUGGAAUCCGCGCCAUCCACACCUUCAUGCAGCAUAUCUCGGGACUCGUGAGCCUCCGGGCGUUGAAUGUUACACAGUUCAGAAACGACGACACUUGCGUCUGGGUCAUGCGCGAGACUCGGAAGUUCAUCGUCGACAACCUGUGUCACUACCCAGAGUUGAAACUCGAGUGGAUCUCCAUCGACGACGACCGGGUUGAGCGUAUCAUUCGUCCGCCGCCUCAGACACCCGCCGCCAAGGCAGAGGAGAAGAAAAAUAAGAAGGGCAAGAGCAAAGCCGGUGCUGGCUCGUCGUUCGGGGCUUUCGGCGGCCCAGGGACCGCCACUGGCACUGGUGGGCCCAGCGUCUUCCCGCCUUUGCCUCUGCCGGGAUGGGAAACGGACAGUGACAGCGACGACGAAGAUACGGAUAUAGUGGCCAACACAAAACUGGAAACGGUCGAAGGCGUCCAUUUUUAUGACGUUUGGGAUGUCCGGAUCUUCAAGAAGGAAGUUAUGGCAGGGCGCCUGUGA